CUCGUCUCUACAUGCCCCCGCUAAUGGGGCCGUGGCUGCACAUCUGGUCCUCGCCCUCCUCCUCCAUCAUCUCCCACCACUUGCGGCGAUGCGGCUGCUCGCGCAGCCACAAUCUCACAUGUGGCACGAGGCUGCCGUCGCUUGCCCGCCGCCUUUUCGGCGACUUCCUGCACACAGCCCGAGACACAAGUGAAAACUCUGAGACAUACAUACGCCGCUCGGUGGAGUCUGAGUCGCUUGUGUGUCCUCACAUCCGUUCGGUGUCUGCGUGAGGGAGGGAGUGUUAUACCUGAGUGCGUAGGCCCUCUGUAUCGUGGCCGCCGGGGCGUUCCGCUCCUUCAGUAUCCGCCGCACCUGACAGGCCAACAAGCGACCAAAAGAACACAUACAUACACACACACACACACACAGAGAGCUGUCAGGUGUGUGGUGGUGUGCGUGGUGUGAUUGUUGGGUGCUGACUGACCAUAUACUCCCAUUGGAGGUUCUGGACGGCGAGGACGCGGCGCCAGUGCGCCUGAAUGACGGUCUGGCAGGACAGGAGCAUCGAAGCACUGAAGUGAAUCGUGCGUGUGCGUGUGUGUGUGCGUGUGCGUGUGCAUGUGCAUGUGUGUCAGGCGUCUCAGUGUUUGAUGGUAUUGGACGGCCUUCAGGAAGUCUGCCUCCCAGCGACCCCUCCAGCCUGACCACGCAAACCGGAUGACAUGACGCGUGUGUGGGUGGAUGGUGCGAAUGGCGAGUGUGGCCCUCUGACCUCUCAAGCAGCGCUGUAUCUUGACCUAUACCCAUCCAACAACACAACACAAGACAAGACAACAUGUGCAUCCACCCACACCAUCGUGCCUCACCAGCGUCACUCACCGCUGUUGCCGUGGUCGCGUGAUCCUGGAACCGGUGAGAAGUGAUCACAUGCCCAUCUGGAUAUAAAACGUAGGCAGCCAUCUGAGACACAACCCGAGACACAAGUGAAAAGUCUGAGAUAUGCAGAUGUGUGGGUUCUGAGUAGCAUGCUCACCGUUCAUGUCUUGUGCACCGUUCAUGUCGUCCUGAGCCAGCCCGUGAAGACGCCCACAUGGGCAGUGUAGCGGGUGUGGUGCUGCUGCGUGUGUGGGUAUGUGUGCAGCAUAACAAAAGGACACAAAUCACACAUCGGAGGGAACAGCCAGGCACACAGACGGACAGCCACACACACGGACGGACAGACAGACAAACCCCCAUGACAGACAGCGAACAGCACAACUAAGCACACACAUGAGUGCAUCGGGACAGAACGGCCAUGCAGUCCCCCCCCC